AAUUUGAGAGUUUCUCGCCGUUUGGCAAGAUUAGAAGUGUAACUGGGAGCUGCCGCUGGAAGUAAAAUUAGGCGCAGACGUGUAGAAGAUGGUGCUCGGAUAAUUCAACGAAAAACGACUGGAAGUGAUGUGACAACUAAGACAUGGACCCCUAGUACGGGAGCUGUAACGUUGAAGCUCAUGGCAAGCGAUUUAAAAUCGGCGUUUUAAUCUAGACCAUGGCUACACGGUCGAGCUUGUACAAUGAAGAAAGGAAUUUGCUUCGUAUUAAAGAAAGGGAACGGCGGAAUCAAGAAGUACACCAGGAGAAGGGGACUUUUCUGGAAAAUGCUCCUCUUUUUGGAGAGCCAUACAAGACCAACAAGGGAGAUAAGCUGUCCAGUCUAAUUCAAAGCAUGCUGGGUAAUUACGAAGAGGUGAAUGAGUUGAUUAGCAGCAAGACGCAUCAGGAUCUUAUUGGUAUUCGAAAAGUCAUUAGUCCUCUUCCAGCUAAUGGGAAAUCUGAUCGACCGCACCUUACAGAAAAUACACAACCCUCAUUCCAUAACAACUCUAGGCUUCCUCCCACUGCCUCUCCACCUAGUACUUGCCCUGGUCUGCUUCAGAAACACCAGUCAUUUUCAGAAGAUGCCUCAUGUCAGCUUUCUGUGUCUUAUAGUUCAUCUCACAGCCAGCAUCUCUCUACAGAUUGCAGCAACAGUAUGUACCGUAGUCAGCAGCUAAGAAAUGACAAGUGGUUAAAGCAGGAAGAGUAUACCUUGCCCUCAGUGCCUCUUCCUGAUCUUUCCCCACCAGCAGAACCGCUGUCUCCAUUACAUUCCAGUGAGCCAAGUGAUUCUGAGCCUCACAACAAGGACACUAAUUCACCACUGUAUAUACCAAAUUCUGGACCAUCCAAAGCCAAGAAGAGUGAUGCUCCAAUUGUUUCAGUUAUCAGUGAAACCAGUCAGCUUCCUUUACAGACUUUUCCUCCUUCUUUGCCAACCAAAACAAACCCUGUUAUGCAACAAAAGCCUACAGCCUAUGUCAGACCAAUGGAUGGGCAAGACCAAGCACCUAGUGAUUCCCCAGUGUUGAAACCUUCUCCAGAUGAAUAUCAUGAACAGCCUUAUGGAAAUACCUCAGAUUUAAAAACAAACAUCAAGGCUAAGCUGUCCAAGCUGAAAAUACCUUCUCAGCCAGUUGAGACAUUGUCCAAUGAAGUUCAGUGUGUAGAAGAAAUUUUAAGGGAAAUGACCCAUUCUUGGCCAGCACCCUUGACUGCCAUUCACACGCCGAGCACAGUGGAACCUUCCAAAUUUCAUUUUGUAGCAAAGGAUUCCCAGCAAAUUCAUUCUGUUUUUUUGGGACAGAAAAAUUGUGAAUUGCCUUCAAAAGUAACUUCACCUGACUCACAGCAACGAGGAGCACAUGCCUUGCAGAGGAGCAGUCUGGUGUCCACUCUUUCCGGCACUGUGACGUCAGAAAGCUCCAGUGAAUCGGAUAGCACAUCGGGUUCUGAAUCAGAGAGUGAGAGUAGCUCCAGUGGGAGUGAAGAACCUGCAUGCACUCAGGUUUCCAUCGCCUCUGAGGUAGAUACCCCCACUGUGAACAAAUGGCAGCUAGACAAUUGGAUAGUAAAAAGUGGUCAACAAAGUUCACUUCAAGAGGGUCAAUGUGACUCUAACCAGAGAGGAAAGGAUUCCUUCAAGGAGCAGAAACGUCCCAAACCUGAAGAGCAGUUGAAGUCAAAUGGGUCAUGUAAAACAAAUACAGAAAACGCAGACAAGGAUGCUACUGACACAUUAAAGAAAAAAACCCAAGUGAUGGGCUGCUUGAUGACAUGUCCUUCCAAUAAGCAAAGUAGCAGCCAAAGACAGAAUGGUGGUGAAAAGCAACUUUGCCAGCAUGACCCUGUCCCUCCACCUGAAGCAUCCAAGAAAAACUUAAGUGAGGGGUGUGAAAGACCUCCCACUAAAGGGAACAGUAAUUCACAUGUAGAGAAACCAAAGGUUAAAACGAAACCCCAUCAAGAGAAUCGUUCUUCAAAAUCAUCCUCGGUCAAGAUGCAUAAGCAUAUUUCUUCUGAAAAAAAGAAGCACAUAUAUCCAAAGCCAACUAUUAAUAAAGUAAUUGAAUCUGUCUGUGAAGGAAAGAAAAGGGCAGAUCAUGGAGUGCCUACUCACUGUGACAGUCCUUCCCGCUUUGUAUCUAGGACUAGUGCCAGUAAGGCUGUUCAGUCUGAAAACAAUCUCGGUGAUGAUCCCCACAGUCUUACCAGCUUGAUAGUGAAGAUUGACCUAAGCCUUCUCUCCAGAAUUCCUCAGAUCAAAGAAAAGGAAAAAAUUCAAACCAAAGCUGCAGUUGUAUUAUCUGCUUCAAGUGGUAAGGCUCAUGAUGCAGACAAGAAAACUGUGAAGUUGUCUGUGAAAUCACACAAAAAGAGACAGGGGGAAGAGAACAAAGAAUGUAUUGAAAAAAAGAAGCCAAAGCUGGAGAAACAAGUCAAACAAAAAUCAGUAAAGGACUCGACCAAAAUCAAAUUAAGUAAAUCCUCAAAAGAGAAAGAGAAGAAUGUUGUUCAGUUGGAAACUCCACCUUCAUCUCAAGAGCCUGUGAAAGAAGGUGAACACAAGUCUCACAAUGCUGAAAGUAACAAAGUAAGCCUUGUUUCUGAAUCCAGCAAAGUCAUGAACAUCCAUUCAUCGUCUAAGCGAAAGAGGACCCAGGAAAAGGGUGUGGAAGAUGUGAAAAAUGUUAAGAAACCAUCUAAAAGCGGUACUAAUGCUUGUUUAUCGGAUCCUUCGUCAGAUAGAAAGCUGAAACCAUCAAAACCUUUGUUGAACUUUGAUGAAAGGAAGUAUUCUGUAGAGCAUCACAUGAAGGAGGCUAAGAAGCUUAAGCACAAGGCUGAUGCUAUAUCCGAUAAAGUUGAGAAAGCAUUCAACUACCUUGAUGCUGCUUUGUCAUUCAUUGAGAGUGGAAUAGCCAUGGAGUCAGAUCCAAAGACGCCAAAAUCUGCCUACACAAUGUUUUCGGAAACUGUGGAUUUAAUAAAAUUUAUAGUGAAGUUAAAACAUUUUCUGGAUUCUUCUGCACAAGCAACUGAAAAAGCUUUUGCUGUUUUAUGUUUGAGAUGCCAAGCACUUUUACUAAUGGCAAUGUUUCGCUAUAAAAAAGAUGAUGCAUUAAAGUAUAGUCGCACACUAAAUGAACAUUUCAAGAAUUCUACUCGAUCAGCACAAACACCAUCACCCUGUAUUGCAAGAAGCACUGGCACACCUUCCCCUAUGUCGCCUAUGCCUUCUCCUGCCAGCCAAGGGAUAUUGUCUGUAGGAUCACUUCUCAGCAGUACAUCCACCACAGUCAGCGUUCCCCAUCCCAUUCCUCAAAUGGCUUCGUCUUACAUCAAUAUUACAUCUCUUUUUCUAACUGCUCAUGAUCUCUGGGAACAAGCAGAUGCAAUCGCUCAAAAGAAUAAUGAACUUGUGGCUGAACUUGAUUUGGCAGUUGGUCCACUCACUUUGACUACAAGUAUGAGUACCCUGGUACGUUACACAAGACAAGGUCUGUAUUGGCUGAAACUGGAAACAAAAAAAAGUGCUUUAAAGGAGACAACACCGUGAUGCUUUAUUAUUUCAUCGCUUUAAUUACAUUUCCUGUAUUUUGACAACAAAGAAAAACAAUCUGAAAUUUAAAGGCAUGCAUAAGGAAGAUGCAUUUCCCUAAGUGCAAUCUAUAAGCAAAGAUGAGGAGUUCAUUUACAUUUUUGACUCCUUGCUUUUUCAAGAGAGUUCUGACUGAAGUACCCUUGGAUUUCCAGCUCAUUCAAGCAAGAUACAUGUGUGUGCCAAUUUUGUUUUUAGUUUUGGGUAUUACAACAAGCCUGAAAGCAGACACAAUAAACCUGGCUAAAGUUUACUUUUCUGGAGAAAUGACCAACAUUUUCCUUCUGUGUUGCCACACACUUUUUUGUAUUUGACAUUUUGCUGAUAUUUUUAAACUUCUUAUUUUGUUUGUUCAUUGCCUUGAGGGUUGGAAAAUAUUUGCAUUGGCAGGAAGGUAAAUGCUAACUAAUUAUAUUAUAUGUCACUUAGUUGCUUUCUUAACCUGCCAACAAAUGCUAAUUGUGCAAUAGCGUUGUGUGUUAAAUUACAUAAAAAAAAACAACAAAAAGCCACCAUUAUUUAAUGGUUGGUUUAUUGUUCUGCAAACAUGUUCACAAAUUAGGAGUAUUUAUUUGAAAUGGUCAGCAACCUUACCAAGACUGCUUUUGAAGGCAGAAGUGUGGUGCAUAUUAAGUGCAUCUUUACAAAUGAACCUCCACCACCUAUUCCAAACCCACCAAACCCUUUAAUGACGACUACAUACAAGCCUGUAUUGUAUUGCCAUGCUCACAGCAGUUGUAAAGAGGUCCUCUUAAUCACUGCGUAUGUAACUGUUUACACAUGAAAUACCUUCUUAAGGACAGAUCUUCUUCUUCACAUCAUAUGUGAGGAAAUACAAAUAAACUAUUGGAAUGAAACAAUAUUUGUUGCUUUUAAUAUUCGCAACAUUUGCUGAAUAUUCUCCUAUUACAUUUAUUAAUAAGUGCCCAUAUCAUGUAACUGAUUUUAUCACAGUCUUAAAUUCUUUGUGCCUUAACAAUUAUAUAUUUUUCUUUAAGGAAUGGAUUUGAAACUCAACAUCAUGAAAUAAAUCACAUGGAAUAGUAACAUAAGUCUUUAGGUAGAAUAUUGCGUAUUUGGUAAAAAUAUAAAUUAAUUAAAAUUAUCACAGACUGGUGAGUGAUUAAAAAAAAAAAGUUACGCUGCUUUUUAGUUUGUAUUUGACUUGAUUUUGCUAUGUAGCAAAUACAAGUUUCUUUCAUUAAUAAAGUUUGUUGGGCGGGCGAUGGGGCUUACCAACUUUACAUCAGUGUAGCAUGGCUGCUGUGUGUGUAGCUGUCAGUAAGACCUGCUCUCUUUGCCUGUGACAAAAAUAUUUGCCCCAUUUAAAGCUUGUUGCUUACUGGGGUUAUCGGGAAAAAAUCUUAGUUCAGCAGCUCCUUUUUAUUUGACAAAAGGCUUUGCUUUGAGAAGUGUUUAGUAUGGACCAGUUACAAAAUGGAACAGUUUGUGUUAUAAUGAAAGCAUUUGUUUGGAGAAGAUGACUGAAUUGAUAUUUAGUAUGUGCAAUUUUGUGUUCAAAGUCUGUCACAGGAUUUUAACUGUUUAACUGUGUUUUUUUUUUUUUUUUUUUUUUUUUGCCUUGUUAAUAUAUAAUAUAUUUUGGGAUGGUUGGGAAUGGCGUCUGCCACAAGAAUGUAAAAAUGUGGGUUUUAUUUAUUCUCCCUUUUCAUUUAGACAAUUAAAAGGACAAAAAACUAAAGCUAUUAAUAUAUAUUUGAGGUGUUCUGUCACUCAUUUAUUCAUUUCUCGUACAAGUUCUUCCAUUUUUGUCUUUUUUUUUUAAUUUUAGUUUUUUAAUGAACAAACACUAGAAGGCUGUGGCCAAUAUUUUCAAAAUAUGUUUAGCCUUAUGUAAUGGCUAUCUUCCCAGGAGGAACGCAAAAAAUGCUAGAAUAAUUAAAUCAGGGAUUCAAACAGAACAAGUAAGUUUGUGCUUUAAAUGGGAAGUAACAAGGUGACUAAGCCAUUGUGCUUCUGGUGCUGUUUAAAAAUAAAAUCCAGUACAUUCUGCCUCUGAAAUCAAUUUUUGUUAAAAUGUUACUUGUAAGCAAGAACUCUCUGUAUCAGUAGGCAGAUUAUAAUUUGUGUAUCCCUUUUGUGUUUUUGUAUCUCUGAAAAAGCUUAAUUAAAUGAAAAUAGUGGUUAUUGCUGAUGAAA